AGUUGUGAUGGCGACCAGCACACAAUGCUGGCCUCAGAUGAUGGUAGGUAUAUGUGGAAACACGGAAUAAACUGACCCAAACAAUAUUAUUUAAUUUAAAUCUCAAUUUAAGAGGAUACAUUUAGUAAGAUAUCAAUUGUUGUCCCUUAACUGCUGUGAUGAAUAAUACACAUUUGUUUAUGUAAUUUUAUUUUCAAUAAAGUCUGUUUUUCUCUCUCAUUAUUCCUUCACCAGUGCUGCCCCCUCCUGGUGACAUCCAGGUCCUGUUGCUGACGUCAGACUCAGUGUCUCUGAGCUGGGGUUCUCCUCAGGGGCUGACAGGACCACCGUCAUUCAGAGUGACCUGGGGGUGUGACGGUGAAACAAGCUCAACAAGAGUGAAAGGUGGGCAUCAUCUUAAAAUAAGCAGUCUGCAACCUGGUGAAAAGUACCAGUUCAACGUGGCUACAGAGGGAGAAGAUGGAAGCCAAAGCAGAUGUGUCUCAGCAUCCCUAUCCACAGGUAAAGAGUUUGGUUUUAGUCAUGUUUUACUGACAUACUUUGUUGUGUUUUAAGAGAGGUAUUGUUAUGGAUCUUCUUAAAACAAAUAUUGUUUUAUGUUCCAGUGGUCCCACCCAGAGACUUAAAGGUAGACCAUUUGAACGAUACCUCCUUCACUCUCCACUGGUCCAAGGCUGAAGGAAUGAAGAAAGUCCCACAGCGCUUCCUCAUAUCCUACUGCAGCCCAGGAACAAACCUCCAUGCAGAGAAUACUAAAGACGAUAUACACCUUUCACUCUUGAUGAGCUUGUUUCCCCGUCACAUUCCC